AUGACUGGGGCACUAUUUGACGACUAUCUGAAUGACCUUAACCGUCAGAUGAAUUUUCAACGCAGACACAUAUUGCUGUUCCUCGACAACGCAUCUUCUCAUGUCGACGUUAAUAAAUCAAACGUGAAACUUGCAUUUCUUCCAGCAAACACCACAUCGGUCCUUCAACCGCUAGACCAGGGCAUAAUCAAGGCAUUCAAGAGUCGCUACAGUGCAAAGCUGAUGCGUAAUGUUCUUGCGAAAAUUGAUGCAGCAGAUUCAGCUGCUGAUGUAACUAAACAAAUCAACGUUCUUGACGCAGUUAAUUGGACGGCAGCCGCGUGGCGUGAGACAACCGCAACCACGAUUACGAAGUGCUUCAAUCGCUGUGGGUUCUACUGUUUGGCCGACAAUUCAACCGACAAUCCUGAUGAUGGUGGAAGCAGAACUCCGUGA